AUAAAUAUAAGGGGAAAAAAAAGAAAAGAAUAGGAAACAAAAAGGGUAACAUAUACCGUCGCACGUGCAUACGAGUCGCGGCUGCUGGCGUCCGCGCGCGGGAGGACGACCAUCGCGCCGGAACCGGAAUCGUCGGACGGAGGCUCCCGUCCGAGCGUUCGUUUUCUGAAGACACCUCGCCGUCAGGCUGCGCCCCCUUCGUUUUCCUGUGCUCCUGCCACUCCCAGUUCCAGUUCCUCCGGCUCCGGCCCCCCUCAUCCCUCACCUUUUCUUCAUCCAGCGCACAUCCGGCUCCGGUGCCGGUUGAUUGGGCUCUCCAGCAAGGAGAGUCUGCGGCGGCGGGGCGAUUCCUCUUCAACGCCGCACAAGAGGUUCCGCAGCGCCUCGCUCGUCGGGAUGGAGGAAGGGAGCUGCCGGGCGGCGGCGGCGGCGGCGGCUGUCCUCCCGGACGAGCUCAUCGUCGAGAUCCUCGCGCGGCUGCCGGCCAAGUCGCUCUGCCGCUUCAAGUGCGUCUCGCGUGCCUGGCGCUCCCUCAUCUCCGACCCGGCCAACCGCCGCAGGUUCGCGCACACGCUGUCGGGCCUCUUCUUCCCCCGCCCCUACGGCAGCCGCCCGGCCUGGGACUUCAUCGGCCUGUCCAUGUCUUCGGUCUCGCCUCCGCCUCCCGGGGUCGAUACGGCACUCUCCUUCCUUCCCCCUACCUGUGGGGAGAUGGAGCUGCUCGACUCCUGCAAUGGGCUCCUCCUUUUGUGCUGCACUGGCAACAUCCAUGAAUCUCCUUCGCCACCACCUUUCUACGUCGUGUGCAAUCCAGCCACCGGAGAGUGGGUUACCUUACCCCAACCAAGCCACGUCCCGGGUCUUGUUGGCUAUUCUACCAGUGAGGGUCCAACCAUGGACACCAGCACAGCAGCACUAGGCUUCGAUCCAUCCAUCUCCACACAUUUCCAUGUGUUUCAGCUAGUGCAGGUGUUGGAUGGCCCCGAUUUCUCCGUCCAGGCAGUGGAGAUAUACUCGUCCCGAACUGGCAGAUGGGUUCUUAGUGAAAUCAAGUGCAGUGACAGAGACUACAUCAAAUACACUGGCUAUAUGACCUAUUUCAAAGGCUUCCUGCAUUUUUGCAUAGGCAAUGGAGUCGCGUCGGUGGACACAGAGGGCCAGACAUUGAGGAUCUCCCAAGUGAGGCAAAGUGGGGGUUGGAGCCGUUUUACUUCUGUCUGUCAUUCUCAAGGACGCUUACUUUAUGUUGAUACCCUUGGCACAUCAAGUUCCAUGUCAAUUUAUUUUCUUGAGGAUCUUGACAGCGAGGAGUGGAUAUGGAUCUUCAAGCAAAGCAUCGAAAAGGCAGAUCUAUUUGGACCACUAAAUUUAGGAAGGAUAUGCUGGGACUACUACACGGCUGCAUUUCAUCCAGACUGCAAUUUGAUUUUCUUCUAUCAUUGGACUCAGAAAAAUCUGAUUUUUUAUGAUAUGAAACACAGGGAUGUGCAUGUUAUCUGUACUCUAGAAGUGCCCUAUUUUGAGUUUCAAGAAACAGACGAUGUGCAUCGUAAAUUUUUUCCAUAUGUUCCAUUGUACUCAAGGGCAUUACCAUCAUCUAGUCUCAACUAGAAGCACUUCACAACUUUCAAUACAAGGCUCAAAUUUGGCGUUAAUUUCUUCAGAAGGAGCUGGUAAACUAAAAUAGUUUUAGUAUCACGAUGGAGGAACCAUUUGUUGUUGUGAUUAGCUCUGUUUGGUGAUUCAAGAGGAUUUCCAUGCUGUUGAGAUGGAAAUAUGUCCGUGUCAAAAUGCCAUCGACAAUUUUUAUGAGCUGCUAAAACAAUGUUUUGGUCCAUUAGGUGUCUACAUCAGGCAAUAUCAGUGAUGAAUGCAUCAUCUGCAUAGACAUGUGUUUCUGAAGCUUGUUGAGAAGAAGAAUUGAAAUUUCAAUCACUGCUUUGAGCAGCAUGGCAGAUGAGGCCUUCAUGCUUUUGAACCGUGCUGGCAAUAUAUCUUAUCGUAUUUACUAUUUGGAUGUGUACAAGUUUUAGAAUUUAUUAGUAAUUCUGGAUGUAAUGAAUUAGAAAGUAGGGUACCUGUUAAGAGUCUUAAGUUUUCCUGUUUAUCUUCCUUUGUUAUUCCACUUGUUUGGUGCUGUAUAAUUCCUAAUUUAGUAACUAUUCUGAGUGCACUUGGAGCAACUAGUAGGACUAAUCUUUUUAUUAUAUUUGUGGCAAUGCAAUGUGUGGUUUUAUUAUGAUGUA